GAAGGCGAGGGGUUGAGCGUAGGUUUCUGAGGCCCGUUGCUAAGGGCGACGGGGGCGCCUGGGCCCAGCCGAGAUGGAGGACACGGGGCCCGCUGGGGGCUCUGCAGCCUCGGCCCAGGCGCUGGUGCCGGUACAGGCCGAAGCAGGUGCAGUGGCCGUGGCGAGCGAGGCGGAACAGGGCCCCCUCCAACGUCGCAAGAGGGUCUUGGACGAAGACAGCUACAUCCAGAGCCUGGAGAAAAUCAUCCAGAGAGAUUUUUUCCCUGAUGUUGAAAAACUGCGUGCUCAGAAGGAAUACCUGGAGGCGGAAGAAAGUGGAGACUUGGAGAAAAUGAGACAAAUAGCCAUCAAAUUUGGCUCCUCCUUGGGCAGAUCAUCCAGAGACACCCCUGCACCAUAUGUUACACCAGCCACGUUUGAAACGCCUCAGGUCCAUCCUGGUGCUUCCUCCUUGAUGAAUAAACAGACGUCUUCACUGAAGACUCCGGAUGAAGGUGUAACAGAGGACGAAGAGAGCAAAGAUGCUCUACCCAGCCUGGAUGGUUUCUUGGCAAAACACACCAGCGAGGAUAAUGCUUCGUUUGAGCAGAUCAUGGAAGUGGCCAAAGAAAAGGAGAAAGCCCGACACUCGUGGCUCUAUGAAGCCGAAGAAGAAUAUGCCCAGCGCCACCAGGAGCAGUUGGCACUUCCGUCAGCCGCAGAGCAGCAGGCCCUCACAAGCGGGAAGGCUGGUGUGGAAACUUGGGAAUACAAGGCAAAGAAUUCCCUGAUGUAUUAUCCUCCAGGUGUCCCCGAUGAAGAUGAUGUGUUUAAAAAGCCACGGGAAGUCGUCCACCGGAACACCCGUUUCCUGAAGGAUCCGUUCAGCCAAGCUGUGAGCAAAUCCCAACUCCAGCAGGCAGCUGCGCUCAAUGCUCAGUAUAAACAGGGUAAAGUAGGGCCAGACGGAAAGGAACUCAUUCCUCAGGAAUCUCCAAAGGUUAACGGAUAUGGAUUUGUGGCCACGCCCUCUCCCGCUCCUGGUGUGAAUGACUCCCCUCUGAUGACGUGGGGAGAAAUAGAAAGCACCCCCUUGCGGCUGGAAGGCUCAGAUACCCCAUAUGUGGACAGGACUCCUGGACCAGCUUUCAAGAUCCUGGAGCCUGGCCGCAGAGAGAGGCUUGGGCUGAAAAUGGCCAACGAGGCAGCUGCCAAAAACAGAGCGAAAAAGCAGGAAGCGUUAAGAAGAGUCACCGAAAACCUUGCCAGCCUGACUCCCAAAGGACUGAGCCCAGCCAUGUCUCCAGCCCUGCAGCGCUUAGUAAACAGGACUGCCAGCAAAUAUACUGACAAAGCUCUGCGAGCCAGCUACACCCCAUCCCCCACACAUCUGGGCACACCUGGCUACAAGACCCCAGCAGGUGGGCCACAGACACCUACCACCACCACCCCAACUCUCCGGACAGUAUCUCAUACUCCGGUAACCCAGGAUCCUGCUUCAAUUACGGACAAUCUCCUGCAGCUGCCCAAAAGGCGCAAAGCGUCAGACUUUUUCUGAGGAAUGCUUUCCAGUCUGUGGGGCCCUGCGUACCUGACUAUAGGCAGGGCUUUGCGGUGAAGCACGAACGGUAUUGAUCGCCAGCGGCAGGAGAGCCUGAUACAUGGUUGCAGCACUCAGAAGCACAAGAGUGGAAUUAAGCCUGUGAUGGUUUAGCUGAGCAGGAAAAUGUCCUUGUACUUCUUUGCACCGAUUUUAUGAAGUACACAAGACAGUGAGAGAGACUCAGAGGGAAAAAAAGCCCAUGAGGCAUGAGCUCUUUUUCAUACAUUUUUAUAGAUUUUUUUUUCCAAGAGGACAACUUUGGGUGCCUCAGAUUCUGUCUGGAUGAGCGUGUCUAUUUAUUACAUACAGAAUAUCUUUGAAUAAAGGUCUGGAUGUGAUCUUGA